UCAUUCAUUGGUGCUUGAUCUUAAAAAAAUGAAGUCCUACUUGGUGUUAGCCCUCGUGCUCUUCGCAGGCUGUGCGUCCGCGACGCGUAUCGUCGGAGGCCAGGACACCACCAUCGAGAAGUACCCCUACAUCGUGCAGGUGGACUCCUUCAGCCAAUGGUCAGGCAACUGGGCACAGUCCUGUGGAGCUAAUAUACUGACCAGCUACUUCCUGCUGUCUGCUGCACAUUGCUUUGAGGGAGCUUUAUACGCGCCUCAAUACCGUCGUAUCCGAGCUGGUACCACCUUCCGUAACUCCGGAGGUGUCAUCCACUACGUUGAGUAUGCAGUGAACCACCCUGAAUACCGUGUAGCUGCCAGAUACGAUGCUGAUAUCACUGUCUUCAAGCUAAUCACUCCUCUCGUAUACAACCCUGCGAUUCAACGGGGUACCAUCAUUGCUCAGGGCGCGGUUAUUCCUGACAAUAUUCCCGUGGUCCAUGCCGGUUGGGGUACUACUACGUGGGGCGGUUCUCCAGCACCAAUCCUUCAAGAGGUUCAGAUUUACACGAUAAACAACAAGCUCUGCGCCGAGCGUUACCACGAGUUCAAUCCUAACAACGUUGUAACUGAAAACAUGAUUUGCGCUGGUCUCCUCGACGUUGGCGGCCGCGACGCUUGCCAAGGGGACUCUGGUGGACCUUUGUACUACCAGAACAUCAUAAUUGGAAUCGUCUCCUGGGGCCACAGGUGCGCUAAUGACACGCUACCCGGCAUCAGUUCUUCGGUAGCUUCUUAUUCCGACUGGGUUCAGGCUACGGCUAAAUAA